GCAGGGCGAGAGGCCACCAACACCAUGUUCUGCACAAAGCUGAAGGAUCUCAAGAUCACAGGGGAGUGCCCUUUCUCCUUACUGACACCAGCUCAGCUUCCAAAAGAGCCAGCAGAGGAGGAUGCAGAAGGCUCAGAUUGCUGCAAAGCAACUCCACCCAUCUGUCAGGAUGUCCCUGAGAAGAACGUUCAAGAAAAUCUUCCUCAAAGAAAGACUAGUCGGAGUCGAGUCUAUCUUCACACUUUGGCAGAGAGUAUUUGCAAACUGAUUUUCCCAGAGUUUGAACGGCUGAACCUUGCACUUCAGAGAACAUUGGCAAGACAUAAAAUCAAAGAAAGCAGGAAAUCUUUGGAAAGAGAAGACUUUGAAAAAAUCAUUGCAGACCAAGCAAUUGCAGCAGGAGUUCCUGUGGAGAUCCUCAAAGAAUCUUUCGGCGAAGAGCUUUUUAAAAUAUGUUAUGAGGAAGAUGAACACAUCCUAGGCGUGGUUGGAGGAACCCUUAAAGAUUUUUUAAAUAGCUUCAGUACCCUUUUGAAACAGAGCAGCCAUUGCCAGGAAGCAGAAAAGAGAGGCUGGUUUGAUGACGCCUCCAUUCUGUGCCUAGAUAAAGACCACAAUUUCUUAAACGUUUACUGUUUCUUUCCUAAGAGAACCACGUCCCUGAUUCUUCCAGGCAUCAUUAAGGCAGCUGCUCACAUAUUGUACGAAACUGAAGUGGAAGUGUCAUUAAUGCCGCCCUGCUUCCGUAAUGAUUGCAGCGAGUUUGUAAACCAGCCCUACUUGUUAUACUCUGUUCACGUCAAAAGCACCAAGCCAUCAUUGUCCCCAGGCAAACCCCAGUCCUCUCUGGUGAUUCCCGCAUCGCUCUUCUGUAAGACAUUUCCAUUCCAUUUCAUGUUUGACAAAGAUAUGAUGAUUCUACAGUUUGGCAAUGGUAUUAGAAGGCUGAUGAGUAGGAGAGAUUUUCAAGGAACGCCUAAUUUUGAAGAGUACUUUGAAAUUCUUACUCCAAAAAUCAACCAAACUUUUAGUGGGAUCAUGACUAUGUUGAAUAUGCAAUUUAUUGUGCGAGUGAGGAGAUGGGACAACUCCAUGAAAAAAUCUUCAAGGGUUAUGGACCUGAAAGGCCAAAUGAUCUACAUUGUUGAAUCCAGUGCGAUCUUGUUCUUGGGAUCACCCUGUGUGGACAGAUUAGAAGAUUUCACAGGACGAGGGCUCUACCUUUCAGACAUCCCGAUUCAUAAUGCACUGAGGGAUGUGGUCUUGAUAGGUGAACAAGCCCGAGCUCAAGAUGGCCUGAAGAAGAGGCUGGGGAAGCUCAAGGCCACCCUUGAGCAAGCCCACCAAGCCCUGGAGGAGGAGAAGAAGAAGACAGUAGAUCUUCUGUGCUCUAUUUUUCCCUGCGAAGUUGCUCAGCAGCUAUGGCAAGGACAAGUUGUGCAAGCCAAGAAGUUCAAUAAUGUCACCAUGCUUUUCUCAGACAUUGUUGGAUUCACUGCCAUCUGCUCCCAGUGCUCGCCCCUGCAGGUCAUCACCAUGCUCAAUGAGCUCUACACCCGCUUUGACCAGCAGUGUGGAGAGCUGGAUGUCUAUAAGGUGGAGACCAUAGGUGAUGCAUAUUGUGUAGCUGGAGGAUUACACAAAGAAAGUGAUACCCAUGCUGUUCAGAUAGCACUGAUGGCCCUGAAGAUGAUGGACCUCUCUGAUGAAGUCAUGUCUCCCCAUGGAGAACCUAUCAAGAUGCGAAUUGGACUGCAUUCUGGAUCAGUUUUUGCUGGAGUUGUUGGGGUUAAAAUGCCCCGCUACUGUCUCUUUGGAAACAAUGUCACCUUGGCUAACAAAUUUGAGUCCUGCAGUGUCCCACGGAAAAUCAACGUCAGUCCAACCACUUACAGGUUGCUCAAAGACUGUCCUGGUUUUGUGUUUACCCCUCGAUCAAGAGAGGAGCUUCCGCCAAACUUCCCCAGUGAAAUUCCUGGAAUCUGUCAUUUUCUGGAUGCUUAUCUACAGGGAACAAAUUCAAAACCAUGGUUUCAAAAGAGAGAUAAGGAAGAUGGCAAUGCUAAUUUUUUAGGCAAAGCUUUAGGAGUAGAUUAGCAAAAUGAACACCUGAUUAUAAGUCUUUGAGGUUUGACUCUUUUGAGGCUGUCAGGAACCUCAGAAAGCACUUUAAGAUUGCAGAUGGCUAAAGAUCAGUAUUAAAAUACCAGUAGCAUAAGUCAGGAUCUACUUUUUCUCCCACUUAACGUGACAAAAAAUGUAUUCACUUCAGUAUUUCAACUCUGCUGUUAAAAAAAAAAAAAAGCCUCAACAAGUGACUUUUU